AUGGAAGAGGCAGCCAGAGCCACCGGAAUCCGCCUGAUUGUGGUGGCUCUGCUCAUCUAUGCCGCCGCCGCGACCGGCGGCGCUUACACCAACCACACCGUUGGCGGGGCCGCCGGUUGGCUUUUCAACUCCGCCACGAACGAGACUUCAGCUGACUAUAGAGCUUGGGCUGCUAACCAGACCUUCAAUCUUGGGGACUAUCUCAUUUUCAACACCAACACGAACCACACCGUAAUCCAAACCUACAACAAGACCACAUUCGAAAGUUGCUUGAUGGAUGAUGCUUUGGACUCCGACACUUUCCAAUACUCGGGUGGCCACGAUGAAUUCGGUAACUUGUCCACAAUAGCCGUGCCUUUGACUAUUGAGGGCACUCAAUACUACUUCUCGGAUGCCGAGGAUGGGGAGGAGUGCCUUCACGGGAUGGCCUUCGAGAUCACGGUGGCUCACGGGCUUGGGCUCCCACCGAGCCUCAACCAGCCGCCGCCUCCGGCAUACGUGCCGCCGCCCGAGACAGCUGAGGAGGGACAAUCGCCGCCGGUCACGGUGGUCGCCGGCCGGCCUGCCGGUGGGGUGAGGGGUUGUGCUGAGUUCAACUUUCUUGGGUUGGUUUUGGGGGUGGUUGGUGUGAGCUGGUUGUUGGCAUGA